GCCAUGUCAUAAAUGUGAGAGAGGAAGGUUCUAAAAUUUUCCCUGCACUAACAUAAAGCAUUUCUCUGUUCCUCUCUCCCAGAGAGGGCUCAAGACCAAAAACUCGCCAUGAACAUUGCAAUACCUCUUCAUCGCACAGCUUUCUCAAACACUCAUCUCAAUGAAACAACCAAACCCGAGUUUCCGAAAUUCCAACACUCUUCGCGUUUCGCCGAAUUACCAAACUCACAUGCAUGCCUCAGAAACGUUUCUUUAACUACUCCUCUUCCUCCUACUAUUUCUUCUUCGUCUCGGCUCAGAAUUCAACCUCGCUCGUCCCGAGUUAGGGUUUCUUCCGACGAUGCCGCCAGGCUCAAUUCGUCGCCGGAGGAGGAGGAGGGAACUCCGCCUCCGUCGAGCUUCGCCGAGUUCAUCACUUCGGAGAGAGUGAAAGUGGUGGCGAUGCUUGGCUUGGCUCUGGCGCUUUGCAAUGCCGACCGAGUUGUCAUGUCUGUGGCGAUUGUACCGUUAUCGCUCUCUCGUGGAUGGAGCCGAUCCUUCUCUGGUAUUGUUCAGUCGUCUUUCUUGUGGGGUUACCUGAUUUCACCAAUAGCUGGAGGAACUCUUGUGGAUUAUUACGGAGGUAAGGUAGUCAUGGCAUGGGGUGUGGCUUUGUGGUCGCUAGCAACUUUUCUAACUCCCUGGGCCGCUGAGACUUCUUUGUGGGCCCUGCUUGCUAUGCGAGCUCUGCUUGGCAUCGCUGAAGGAGUGGCUCUUCCUUGCAUGAACAACAUGGUCUCAAGAUGGUUCCCUAAAACAGAACGAGCCAGGGCUGUUGGACUUGCAAUGGCUGGUUUUCAGCUUGGAAGUGCUAUAGGACUCACACUUUCUCCGAUCCUCAUGUCACAAGGUGGAAUAUUUGGACCGUUUGUGAUUUUUGGAUUAUCUGGAUUUCUGUGGGUUUUGGUAUGGUUAUCUGCAACAUCAAGUACUCCUGAACGAAACCCUCAGAUAUCAAAAUAUGAAUUGGAGUACAUAUUGGGCAAGGGGCAGAAAUCUUUUCCAACGGAGAAUAAAACUAAGACAACAAAAGUGAUCCCUCCUUUCAGGCGCUUGCUUUCUAAACUGCCAACAUGGUCCCUAAUUGUUGCAAAUGCCAUGCAUAGCUGGGGUUUUUUUGUUAUUCUUUCCUGGAUGCCCAUUUAUUUUAACUCAAUAUAUCACGUUGACCUCAGGCAAGCAGCAUGGUUUAGUGCUGUUCCAUGGAGUGUGAUGGCUAUCAUGGGAUACUUUGGUGGUAUGUGGUCAGAUAUGUUGAUACAAAGUGGUACAAGUGUCACUUUAACUCGCAAGAUCUUUCAGUCAAUAGGUUUUGUUGGUCCUGGGAUCGCUCUUAUUGGUUUAAUUUCAGCAAAAAGUCCAUCAAUCGCUUCUGCUUGGCUUACUUUAGCUGUUGGACUAAAAUCUUUCAGUCAUUCUGGCUUUCUUGUGAAUCUUCAGGAGAUCGCUCCACAAUAUUCUGGUGUACUGCAUGGAAUUUCGAAUACAGCUGGAACAUUGGCUGCUAUUCUUGGGACAGUUGGAACUGGUUUCUUUGUUGAGCUGGUGGGUUCUUUCCAAGGAUUUCUGUUGCUCACAUCAAUCUUAUAUUUUCUUUCUGCCCUUUUCUACAUCCUGUUUUCUACUGGAGAGAGAGUUAAUUUUGAUGAAACAGGUGGUUGAUGGUUUGUAUGGUCAACUGUAAGGAUUGGACCUGAAGGAUGGUUAAAAAUGUUGAAAAGUGGGAUUUUUCCUCCUCCCAUCCCCCUUUCUCCAAGCAGGAGGCGAGUGCAGCGUGCAGCGUGCAGGUUCAAAGUGAUGUAUAGUGGAUGGAUUUUACUCGUCAUGUAGCAAGGGUCUGUGUUUCAGGUGCAUCUGGGUUUUUUCUUUCUUAAUUUCUUUACUUCUUUUUUUCCCCUUAAUUCUACCAAAUGUAGAUCUUCCAAGGAGGUAUUGUACUGGGAUCAUCCACAGUUAUUUUUCCUUGCUUGUCCCCAUAUUCAAAUAAAGGUUUCUCAAUUUAUUUGGAGAAGUCAGAUCUUCCUCCAUCUCAA